UGGCUUUCUUUUUCUUUCUCGCUUUAGGAUAUGUUACAUUGUAGUUUAGGGUAACUCACAAAAUAGAUUUGGAAUGAUCAGUGGCAUUAAUGCGCGGGCCUGAAAUUUGAGCCCUGAAAUUGGAGAUCACCCGGCCAGUUGAUGGCUUGAUAAAAUGAACAGCCAGUUGGUGCCUUGAUGAAAAUGAACAGAAACAAACAAGGUUGUGCUAACAGAAGUGUUUUUCGCCACAAAGAAACAUGGGAAAGCGCCAUCUUGUUUUUGAUCAUUAUUGUCUGGCCGGCCUGAUGAAGAUGAUGAUGAUUUACUAAAUGACUUGUAGCCGUGCUAUUAUUAUUGCAUCUUUCGACACCUUUUGUCCCAAAAGUCCUCCUUGAGGACUGUAUUCCUGCAUACAUUCAGUAGAAAGUAGAUUUUUAUUCAAACAGAAUCCUCAGAGACUCUUGAUUCUCAAUGACGUGGUUGCCAUGUUCCUCUCCCAAAGGAAGGAUUGCGUUCAGUGGUUUUAAUCUCAAAUAGUAAGCAUCGCUUGUACGUCUGUUACUAUACUGAUAACGCGAGUGGUUAUCAUAUCGUACACACUUCAGAUAAACAUGAUGCCAACAUGAGCAUAGUCACUCAUACCAAGUAUUAGAAAAUAUACAAACCCUCUAAUGUUGCCAUCCAAAUCAGAGGGCUGUGUUUCCGAUUUAAGUUGCAUUCUCUGUAGACACAUUUCCAUUUUACCUAGUUCUUACUUGAACCAAACAUUUGAGACUAUCUGUAUCUAAAUAGAAUUCAUUUUAUUUUGUAGUUUUGAUCUUUUUUGUUUUCCUUGAGAGCAAAGCCUCUUGAUACUGUUAAACCCAUCUGGCCUUAAAUAUGCCUAUAAUUAAAUUUUGAUAUGGAUUAAUUAAGCACCAGUGGUGUUGCAUGCUCCUCUUCUGCUGCUUUGAUAGCUGAUAAUAUCUAAAAGUGAUGAUCAUUCCUGGCAGUAUAAAAAUAAAUACCAUCCCUUUUUAAAUAAUCUUUUUGAUAAUUUUUGAUCCAACUGCCGGAUAGAUUUUUCUUCCUAAUGAAUAGUGCAUUUCUUUCCUUCUAUGUGAUCACACUUCAGUUAGGCUUUGACAUUGAUACACACAACCCUCUACUGGCUUACUCUUUUAUUUCUGCGCUUGUUCGCUGGUAACGUCAUACACAAAAUGUCAAGCUCUUUAUUUGCAUUAGCCAUUUUGUAUGACAUAGUUGGUGUGCCCUGCUUAACAGCUACGUGCCAAGCUGCCUUACUGCAAUGACAAAUAUUGCCUCCUUCUGGCUCUGCUUCUUGAGCCAAGACCUUUUUAUGUACUCCAAUAAAUGCCUUUUUCUUUGCUUUUGUUUUUAUUGUUUCUUUGCCCUUUUUUGUUUCUUACUUCUUAUGUUGAUGCAGAUUUUGUAAACUAUCAUCCCAGCAAGCCAAUAAAAAAUUGUCAAACGUGAGCCUUUUUUGUUCUUAAAAGUCCUAUAUACACAACCUCGCAGUCAGCUAUUUUAAAAGAUAGUGAUGUUACCAAAGCAAGGUCAUAUAAUAAAGGAGUGGCCAACAUCCUCCCCUCCCCAACCCAUCCUCCUUUAGAAAAGAGAAAAAGGCACUGUGCAAGCUCUGCUUACACCCAAUUUCCUUCCAUCCAAUCAGGCGAUCCUUGAGAGCGGACGGGCAAGUCGGGCUGUUUAUGAAGAGCCUACAGGAUGGGAGGAGGAGGGAGAAUAUCGGCCACUCCGCCCGUUAUAAGCCUUCCUCGUCUCUUGCAUACGCGCUGCACAUCAAAGAGGAGCCAGAUCUGGAGAGCGACCCAGAGUCACCUCUCAGCCGCGGCUCCAGACCUGCUGACCUUUUCAAAAAUGGAUCUGCUUCCUGGAAUUCCAAAAGUCAUUUUGGGGCCCUUCUCAAACUCAAAACCAACAGCGAGGCUAGUGAGCACCUUAAAGACAUACCCAGGUUGUUGGAAGCUGCUGGACUUUGGUCAAAGUCACUUGCCUAUGAGAAAGGAAACCUCCAGGAGGCCUGCAGGGACCACAGCCUCUCACUUUCCCAGUCAUCAUCUUUCGACCUCAAGAUUCCCCAAGUGCGAGUUUUGGCGACAGACCCAUCUUGGGAUUCCCUGUCCACUGUGUAUUCAGGAUUAGCUUGCGAGAGCAGUCUGGGAAAGGCACUUCGCUCCAUUCUACCGAGGCAGAUCCAGAAAAAGAGCAGUGGAGGUUUUAGUAGCUCAGGUUCAGAGAAGGAAUACUGGCCUCAGGACACCGAUCGCAAAGCCUUGCGGGGAAGCUAUGCUCUGGAUUCAGAGUCAGACCUGAGUAACAAGCAGCCGAGGAAGAAGCGUGGGCGAUACCGACAGUACAACACUGACCUGCUCGAGGAGGCUAUCGACAUGGUGAUGGGGGGGAAAAUGAGUGUGUCUAAAGCCCAAACGAUCUAUGGCAUACCACACAGCACCCUGGAAUACAAAGUGAAAGAGCGACUGGGGACCUUAAAACAUCCCCCCAAAAAGAAGCUGAAGCUGAUAAAGAUCGAGGAGCAGAGUGUUUCUCAGUCCCCGGGGAGGAAAGAAUUAAAGCACAUUGAUUCUGAGAAAAGAGAGAGUGCAUCUGAAGAGAACGGAAAUGAUUUCCACGAUGGAAGCCUCUCAUCAAAUGAGUGAUAUCAUCGUAAAGUACUUAUAAACAUGUACAGAUAUUGCAUUUGCCAGACAGUGGUAGUAGCUGAAUUGUUUUUCCAUACAACCUUUAGUAGUUGUAACGUUUCGACCAAAAUAGCGAUAUUUAUUAUUAACUUAUUUCAUUUUAAUCACUCAAAAUGUCUCCCUGCUCUACAUAGUGUGCCUGGAAGGCAUACUUGCUAUUUUGAAAUUCUAAUAUACUACAUUAUAUUGUUAAUUCCUUUCAGUUUCAAAA